AUGUCAAUUUUGAACCAGAGCUCAGUCAAAGAGUUCAUUCUUCUUGGACUCUCGGACAAUCCAGAUAUGCAAGUUCCAUUGUUCCAGUUGUUUUUGAUGAUUUAUAUGUCCACUCUGGCUGGGAAUAUUCUGCUCAUAACGGCUGUGAGAUUGGACAACCGCCUACACACCACUAUGUAUUUCUUUCUCAGCAAUCUGUCCUUCCUGGACAUCUGCUACACAUCAAUCACUGUUCCCAAGAUGUUGGUGAAUAUCGCUAUAUCUUCCAAAAGCAUUACAUCUGCCGGCUGUUAUCUCCAGGUUUAUUUUUACCUGUUCUUGGGUGAAACAGAGUGCAUCCUUCUAGCUUCCAUGGCCUAUGACCGGUAUGUUGCCAUCUGUAACCCUCUGCGUUACAAUGUGAUUAUGGACACAGCGUCCUGUAUCAGGAUGAUCAGUGUGUGCUGGAUGACUGGCUCUGUUGGAUCCUCAUUUGAUAUAUUCUUUAUAUGUAAGUUAAGGUUCUGUGGACAUAUCACCAUCGACCACUUCUUCUGUGAAGCUCCUUCAUUGGUGCAACUAUCCUGCAGUGAUAUAACAAUGAACAACAUUGUAUUUUGGGUCGUAGGUACAAUGGUGCUUCUUAUUCCACUGUGUCUCAUUCUCUUUUCUUACAUACAAAUUUUCUUUGUGAUAGUGAGAAUCCCCUCCGGAAGAUACAAAGCCUUCUCCACGUGUGUUUCCCACCUCAUUGUCGUCAUCAUUUUCUAUGGAACAGCUAUGUUCGCGUACCUGAGACCAAGGUAUUCAGCUACAGAAUUUACUGAUAAAAUGGUGUCACUUGUCUAUACGAUUGUUACCCCAAUGUUAAACCCUUUAAUCUACAGCUUGAGAAAUAAAGAUGUACGAAGAGCUCUUAGUUUACUGGGAAGGUCUACUCUCAUACUGAAAUAA